AUGCUCAAAGGACGAGCAAUUCACAUUGUAGGCGCAUGCGUACUCCAUUGUUGUGAUGUCCACUUAUUCAACAUGUCUGCCUCCAUGGUUCGAGCGACCGUCCGAGCGGUCAGUAAAAGGAAAAUACUUCCUACCAGAGCCGCACUAACGUUGACACCAUCUGCAGUGAACAAGAUCCAAUGUUUGUUGCGAGAAAAGCCAGAAUAUAUUGGCUUGAAAGUCGGCGUGAGAACACGUGGCUGUAACGGCCUGACGUACACGCUGGACUACACCAAGGAGAAGGAAAGUAGUGAUGAAGAAGUCCAGCAGGAUGGCGUGAGGGUGUUCAUCGCGAAGAAAGCCCAGCUGACGCUCCUGGGGACCGAGAUGGACUUUGUGGAGUCCAAACUAUCCAGUGAAUUUGUCUUUAACAAUCCCAACAUCAAGGGCACGUGUGGCUGCGGAGAGAGUUUCAACAUCUGA